AUGGGCGUGGCAAUGAUGAUGCAGCAGGCUGGAGCUAUGGUGGGAGCAGCUCCAGCUUCAGUGGAUCUUUCGACAAUUAACGCACGAAUACGCAAGGCAAAGGCCGAAGGAAGGACCGUUACCAUGGUCAACGGUACAUUGUACUUCGACUACCAACUGGUUGCCAGAAUUCCGUCUCACUUCGACAUCCAUGUUUGA